UUAACCCACAAAAAAUGAGCAUAAAAAGGCAGCAGCAAUGGACUGUCACAUACCAGUAAUCACUUUAGGCAUAGAUGGACUGGACUCACCAAUUAAAACACACUACUUCGAAAGCACCGACGGCCUCAUCUGGGUGGUGGACAGUGCUGACCGCCAGCGCAUGCAGGACUGUCAGCGGGAGCUCCAGAGCCUGUUGGUGGAGGAGCGCCUGGCUGGAGCGACCCUGCUCAUCUUUGCCAACAAGCAAGACCUGCCCGGAGCGCUGUCUUCUAACGCCAUCCGCGAGGCCCUGGAGCUGGACUCCAUCCGCAGCCACCACUGGUGCAUCCAAGGCUGCAGCGCCUUCACCGGGGAGAACCUGCUGCUCGGCAUCGACUGGCUCCUGGAUGACAUUUCCAGCCGCAUCUUCACGACUGACUGAAGUGCUCUAGACGCCCCACCUCGCAGUCCAGAGCCCCAGGUCUUCACCAAGCACCAUCCACGGGGGGGGGGUGGGCGUCCUCCACCGGUUCCACUAACACUCCCUGCCCCACUCUGUAACCUGCUGCUGCUACUGCCGCCCUCUCCUGCUGCUCCGUGGCCGGCCAGCUCCCGUGGUGGGGGGGCUGCUGCCCCGGCUCCUGACCUGGACUCGCGCAGCUGUCGUACCACCGGGGGGAGGGCAGGGGCUGGGCAGGGGCUGCCUCUGCUGCUACCA